AUGGCAUCCGUAAAGCUCACAGCCCCCAAUGGGCGAAGCUACCUUCAACCUACAGGACUCUUCAUCAACAACCAAUGGGUAGAGUCUUCCGAUGGCGGCAAAGUAGCCAGCAUCAACCCCACCAACGAACAAGAAAUCGUCUCCGUCCACGCCGCGACGGGCAAAGAUGUCGACACGGCCGUGCGAGCGGCACGAAAAGCCCUCAACCACCCGAGCUGGCGGGAACUACCCGCCUCGGACCGCGGGAAGCUCAUGGCGCGCCUCGUCGGGCUGAUGGAGGAGCACCGCGAGACCCUGGCCACGAUCGAAACCUGGGACAACGGCAAGCCGUACCUGGUCUCGCUCAAUGAGGACCUCACUGAGGCCAUCGAGACGCUCAGAUACUACAGCGGCUUCGCAGACAAGGUAUUUGGCCAGGUAAUCGAGACCACGCCUGAGAAAUUCGCUUAUACCGUCCGCGAACCGGUUGGAGUGUGCGGCCAGAUCAUCCCUUGGAAUUACCCCCUGGCAAUGGCUGCAUGGAAACUGGGCCCUGCCCUAGCCACAGGCUGCACAGUCGUCCUCAAACCCGCAGAGCAAACCCCCCUCUCCAUCCUAUACUUCGCCAACCUCGUCGUCGAAGCCGGCUUCCCGCCCGGCGUGAUCAACAUCGUCAACGGCCUCGGCGCCGUCGCGGGCGCAGCCCUCGCAUCCCACACGGACGUCGACAAGAUCGCCUUCACCGGGUCCACCGCCACAGCCAAGGAAAUCAUGAAGAUGGCGAGCCACAACCUCAAGAACAUCACGCUCGAGACGGGCGGCAAGAGCCCCCUCAUCGUCUUCGACGACGCCGACAUGGACACCGCCGUCCACUGGGCCCACGCCGGCAUCAUGUCCAACCAGGGCCAGAUAUGCACCGCGACGUCGCGCAUCCUGGUCCAGGACGCCGUCUACGACAAGUUCCUGGCGGCGUUCCGGGAGCGGGUGACCAAGAUCUCAAGGGUCGGCGACCCCUUCGAGGAGACCACCUUCCAGGGCCCCCAGGUCACGAAGGCGCAGUUCGAAAGGGUGCUUUCCUAUGUCGACAUCGGCAAGCGGGAGGGCGCGAAGCUCGAGCUUGGUGGCCGGCCGUUCAGACCUGAUGCCGAUGGCUACUUCGUCGAGCCCACGGUGUUCACCGAGGUUUCUCCCCAGAUGAGAAUCUUCAGGGAGGAAGUGUUCGGGCCGUUCGUCGUCAUCUGUCGGUUCAAGUCUGAGGAAGAGGCCAUCGCGCUCGCCAACGAUACGCAGUACGGUCUGGGAAGCGCUAUCUUCACCACGAACUUGACCCGUGCCCACACCGUAGCGAAGAAGAUCGAGGCCGGCAUGGUGUGGAUCAACUCGAGUAACGACAGCGAUUGGCGUAUUCCGUUUGGUGGCGUGAAGCAGAGCGGAAUCGGUAGGGAGCUGGGCGAGGCCGGACUUGCUGCCUACUCAAACAUCAAGGCCGUCCAUGUAAAUCUGGCCAUACCAUCAAAGCUGUAG